ACCAUAGAUAUCCGACUCGGACGGACGUAGUAUGCCUUAUAUAUAGUUUGUUCUCUACUGGAACACAAAGUACGUACUCCAUCGGAUGUUCAAUAUUUAUACCUUAUUUAAUAGCUUGUAAUUAGCUAGGAUCAUAUAUACCUGCACACCCCAAGUCCGUGCAAAAAAUCAAGAGAUCGAGAAAAUUUUGUCGAUCCGCUUUCGCUAUGGACGGCGACGAUUCGAUGGGCUGGGUGACCGUCGCCUUGACUUAUUUUGCCCUCGCGCUGAUGUACGGCUGCCUGCUUGCCAUGGCAGCCGCCGAGGCGGCGGCCUGCUUCCGGCGCUGGCGCGGCCGGCGCGACAACUUGCUCGCCGCCGAGCGGCUGCUGGAGAGCGUGGACGACGUCCCGUACCAGCAGCUGCCUGACGACGACGCAGACGAAGGCGGGUCGUCGUCGUGCGUGGUGUGCUUAGCGGAGUACGAGCGUGGCGAGAGGUGCUUCGUCCUGCCGGGCUGCGCCCACACGUUCCACAGAGGCUGCAUCGCCCCGUGGCUACGCCAAGGAAAAAACACUUGCCCUAUCUGUAGAGAAACCCUAGCUGCGCCAGCACAACAGUGCAUUAACACUGCAGAGAACAUGGUGUAG